AUGUAUCGUUUACCUUAUUCUGCAUUUCUCUGUUUAGGGGGCCUUUCCCCGAUUACAAGCGGGAUCCGGCGCUUUGGGACGACAAGGCGGUUGUGGGGGCGAAUUGUUCCCUUUCGGCUGGCGGACAUCGGUGAAGGAAUUAAAGAAGUUCAGAUCAUCAACGUCUUCGUGAAGGAAGGGGAUUUCGUGGAGGAGAUGGAUAACAUCUGCGAGGUCCAAAGCGACAAGGCGACGGUGAACAUCACCUCACGCUAUACGGGCAUCAUCCAGAAGCUGUAUAUCGCCCCGGAGGAGUUCACCCAAGUCGGGAAAAGCCUCGUGGAUAUCGAGUUGGAUGAGGACGGGGGGAAAGAAGGAGGGAAAGAGAAGGAAAAAGACGAAGCGAAAGCCCCCGAGGCGUCUUCUGAGACCGAAACAAUUCCCCCUCCCCAACAGGAGGACAAACGCGAAAUUUUAGCAUCGCCGUCAACACGAGCCUUCGCAAAGCAGCAUAACAUCGAUCUCCGAAAUGUCAUCCCGACCGGGAAAGGCGGCUGCAUCACCCGAGACGACGUCGCGAGCCACCUCGGGGGCCCCGCCGGGGUGGGGAUCGGUGACUUUUCUUCCCCCCCCCACUCCAAUGGCCCCAAUUCGGCGAACGAGGACGACCCGCAAGGCGAAUUGUCCUCAACGGUGCCCAACAUCGCCGCCGAGGAUACAGUCAUCCCGAUUGUCGGCGUCCGCCGCGGCAUGGUGAAGACGAUGACAAAGGCCGCCAGCAUCCCGGCCUUCAGCUUUACCGAGGAGUUCGAGCUCAACGAGCUGACCAAAGUCCGCGCGAUGUUGAAAGAGGCGGUGGCGACCCGCACACCGGGCGCCCCGCGGCUGACCUUUCUUCCGUUUUUCAUCAAAUCCGCCUCCAUGGCGUUGUUAAAACACCCCGAGGUGAAUGCCCAUUGCGCGCCGGACUGCUCCGUUUUGGUGUGCAAAAAGGCGCACAACAUCGGCUUCGCGAUGGACACGCCGAACGGCCUGAUCGUCCCCGUCGUGCAGGCGGUGGAGUCCAAAAACAUCUUGGAGAUCGCGGCGGAGGUGCAGCGGUUGGUCGAAAAAGGCGGCAAUAAUCAUCUCACCAAGGAGGAUAUGAUGGAGGGGACCUUCACGAUUAGCAACAUCGGCUCGGUCGGCGCCCUGCACGGGACGCCAAUCCUCGUCGCCCCGCAGGUCGCGAUCGCCGCGCUGGGUCGCAUUCAUCACCUCCCUCGAUUUGUGAAAACGAAUCCGGCUCACCAUAAUAAAGAAAGGGAAAAGGAGGCUAUUCCAAUGAAUGUUAUGAUGGUUUCUUUUACUGGGGAUCAUCGUGUGAUCGACGGGGCAACGUUAGUACGUUUUUCGAAUACUUGGAAGGAGUAUAUGGAAUACCCGCAAAAAAUGCUGCUGGAUUUGCGAUAG